AUGGCAGCCACGCUGCUGAAAAUCCUUCUGUUUCCGGCAUACUUCUCCACAGACUUCGAUGUGCACCGGAAUUGGCUCUCGAUCACCAAACUGUUGCCCAUAGAUCAAUGGUAUUUGGAGAACACAAGCGAGUGGACUUUGGAUUACCCACCGUUCUUUGCGUACUUUGAGUGGUUUCUUUCGAGGUUUGUUCCUGGGUUUGUGGCCAGGGACGGCUGUAUUGAACUCGUGGCAAAGGGACAGUUCGGAAUACCCACGAUUUUCUUCCAACGGUUCACCGUUAUUGCAAGUGAAAUCGUCCUUUUCGCUGCUCUGCAAUACUAUGUGACCUCGUCGUCCAAUUUGAAGGAGAAAAAGCGGAACUUUGUUGUGGCGUCCUCGAUCGUGCUGUCUCCGGGCCUCUUCAUCGUGGACCACAUCCAUUUCCAAUACAAUGGGUUCCUGCUGGGCAUUCUGGUUCUCUCAAUUGUGAACGCGAAGCUCGGGAACUAUCUCCAAUGCGGGUUCUGGUUUGCUGUCCUGCUCUGCUUCAAGCACAUCUUUCUGUACAUUGCUCCGUGUUUCUUUGUGUUCUUGCUGUCGGUCUAUUGUUUGAACACCCAAUCGAAACUGCCAACCACGUUUUCGGAACUAAUCAACUGCGUUCGCUGGAAAAACCUGAUCAAACUUGGAUCCACCGUCAUUGCAGUAUUCCUCGUCGCAUUCGGUCCCUUUGCAUAUUAUGGCCAACUCUCAAACGUGUUCCAACGGCUGUUUCCGUUCGCGAGAGGUCUGACCCAUGCGUACUGGGCACCAAAUAUCUGGGCUGUCUACUCGUUGAUUGACAGAGUUCUGAUCCAACUGACUCUUAGGGUCCCAGGGGCAGCAAGGAUCAUUUCCCUGGUAUUCAACAAAAUAGAUUAUGAGAGACUCAACAACGCUGGUACACUCACAAGAGGACUUGUUGGUGACGUUGAAUUUUUCAUCCUGCCAAACAUCAAGCCAAACCACACGUUCCUGCUUACGCUGUUCUACCAGUUGCUCUCUCUGGUUCCACUCCUGAUAAAUCCUACUUUCGAACGGUUUAUCGGUUCUAUGACUCUUUGCGCAUGGGCAUCGUUCCUGUUCGGAUGGCAUGUGCACGAAAAAGCCAUUCUUCUGGUGAUCAUCCCGUUCAGCUUCUUGGUGCCGUUUGAUCGCAAGCUACUCCCACUCUAUGAGACCCUUACAGCAUCAGGCUACGUUUCUCUGUUCCCGUUGCUGUUUGGCUCUGCCGAAUGGCUUCUCAAAACUCUUCUCACGUUUGUCUGGUUUGUCAUUUUCUCAAACAGUUUCAACGAAGUGUGCGAGUUCAGUUCCAGCAUCUCCAGAAGAGUGUUUAUUCUCGACAGACUCAACAUUCUGUAUAUAGUCGGACUCAUCCCGGUGUGUUGUGUUCUGCAAAUGAUUGACAUCCAGUCGCGCAACUUUGCAAUUUUGAAACGGUUCGAGUUCGUCAAUCUCAUAGUGUACAGUGCCUACUGCUCAAUCGGAGUGAUCGGUUCAUGGAACAUGUUCAGCUGGCUGUAUUUCCUCGACGACAGCAUCUGGGACCGCAGGAUCAAGGAAAAGGAGAAAACCUUGUGA